AUGCCAAAGGGGCUUCCGGGCCCCUGGCGAAAGAGCGUUUAUCACCGGGCUGCCGGUUGUCUUUCAGUUACCUUCACCACCGACGACCUUCGCCCUCGAGGUCGAGUUAAUAUGGGCAAGUAUCUUGCGCCCUAUGGCAUAUCGGUAUAUCCCUAA